ACCGCCGCCCACCGCGAAUAAUAUAAAAUGAUGGACGUCCACAUAACAAUUCCUGAGACGAGGUGAAUCCAAGAAGAUCGCUAAGGACAAUAUGGCUGUCGACGUUGAGGAGCUGGAGCGGAGGCAGGAUGAGAUGCUGGCAGAAGAGGCGAACCAGUGCCGGUUGCGCAUCCAAAAGCAAAUCGAGGCAGGGGGCGGCGUCGGCGUCUGCCCGCCCACGUGGGACGGCAUCAUGUGCUGGGACGGCGCAGAGGCGGGCGAGCUCUGCGAACAGCCCUGCCCCGCCUACAUCACCGGCUUCGACCCACGGUGCUAUAGUCGAGGUCCAUCCAAAUUUUUUAAAAUCUUCAAAAUCCGAUCCCCUCCUUUUGCAGGAAAACGUCACCCGACGCUGCACGGAGACGGGCUGGUACAUGCACCCGGUGAGCAAAACCAGCUGGACGAACUUUUCGAGAUGUUUCAGCCGGCCAGACGCCACUGUCAUCCUGGACCCACCCAAGUCAAACAUCUCCGAUUUCGAGAUGUUUCUGCCAGCAGUGAAGAUAAUCUCAACUACGGGUUACGCAGUGUCGUUGAUGUCUCUGAUAGCAGCGUUUUGCAUACUGGCUACUGUCAAGUGAGUAACCAUAUGCAACAUGGUUUUGUAAGGAAGCUGCGCUGCCCGCGCAACACGCUGCACAUGCACCUGUUCCUGUCGUUCAUCAUGCGCGCCUUCAUGGCGCUGCUCAAGCACUCGCUGUUCGUGCAGGGCCUCGGCCUGCCCUCCGACGUGACGAACACGCCCGACGGAGACAUGUUUGGCAGCGAGUUCGAGGAAAACUGGGAGUGCAAACUAAUCACAAGGCUGCCUGCGGUGUUCGUGCUGGCGUGGGUGGUGUGCCGCCUGCUGCUGGACGACUUCGUGUGCUGGACGGUGUACCGCCGCCCGCAGCUCUUUCUGCUAGUGCGCGUCCCCAUCGUCGCCUCCAUCAUUGUACGUACCCGCUGGCAGCUCAACCUCGCGCCCUUGAGUCAUGGAGAGCGCUGGGCGAAGUCCACGCUGGUGCUGGUGCCGCUGUUUGGAGUGCAUUACACCAUCUUCAUCGGGCUCUCGUACAGUAACGAUUCACGGGUGGAGCUGGCUUACCUGUUCUGUGACCAGCUGUUCGCGUCUUUCCAGGUCCAAAUUGUUGUAAGUAGAGGAGGAAUAGAUAAGAUAAUUGUCGAGCUGUCGGAGGCGGCGGGCGGGCGCGCGGCGGGCGAGCGGCGCUGGUCGUCGCGCUCCGACUACUCGGUGGCCGGCAGCGCCCUCGAGAUGCACUCCAUGGACGCCGGCCACAUCUAAGCGCCCGACCGCCCCCAGCGCCAAGUGAAAACAAGAAGCCCUUCUCUACGGCUGCUAUCCAAAGCUUGGAUCCAAGGGUAGAUAGCGUGCUCAACUGACGUCGCCGGAUGAAUCCUUUUGUAGAGAUUCAAUUCAAUUCAAUUCAAUGAUGCCUUAUUUUACGUGACGACACUCUGGCCAUCAGGCCUUCUCUUCCGUCUGAACACGCAAAUUUCCUUUCUUUCACCAGAAAGAAAUCGGGUGGCAUCAAUCGGGAGAUGAAACACGCGAUUUAAAUUUAGCUCAGAGGCAUCUUUUAAGUUUCAGGAUAGUGCACAUGCACUAAAUCUACAACAUGGGACAGUUAGCUUUACUUCCCUCAGAAGGAAGGCGUACAAAGGAUGUUUUUGCCUUUCGAUCGUGUUUGAACUCGCUAACUUGGGCUAAACAGCCCGAUAUGCUAAGUGUUAUGCCACCGAAGCUCCGGAAUCAGUUUACUUAUGUGCAAUACGGAUCAUAUUUGAAUGGAGUGCCCAAUGUGCGCUGUAUGGAAUGACGAAUUAGUUUCUUUCAUUUUACUCGAAUGUUUGUUCUGAAGUUCUCUGCUGCAAGUAACAGGACUUGUCAUUCUCACUUCUUUCUCUUUUAUUCUAAGACUGUUCUCUUCACUCCAACAUGUCACAUCCACCUUCUACAUUUCCAUCUAUCGACUUAUUCCUUCUUCCUGUCCUGGACACUCACUUCACUUUGCCUUUCUUGACUUCUUUAAACAAUCUCGCCUUUGCAGAAGCCCAAUCCGACGUACCUUACGACUUCUUACCGCCGAUAUAAAUUCGUUUCCAUCUUUCUUGACUAGUGUUAUUUUCUCACUCUACCCGUCAAAAAGUGCUAGACCCUUCACUUUCGGUACCGAUUAUGAAUACCCCCACCAUCUUCAGAGAUGGCUGAAGGGUCAUUGGACAUCUUAGGAAACGCUUUAAAUUCUUUACAAAGGUUUGGAAUAGGUGAAUUUUAUUACAUACUGGGGAAUAAUAAUAAAGUGGACCCUAUAGAUCCAGUGCUUAUAAUGUGCUGUACGACGUAUUUCUAUGGACACAAACUCCCACAUUACUAAUUUUUAUUUUAUUUAACGUAUAAGAGCAGAGAUAAAACAUCCAAAUCUUUUUCCACAUUUUCUCAAACAAUUCUCUUUUAAAAUUACGAUGGUUUAAAAUACGCGACUUUCUUCCUCAUUUAUAGUUGUAUAUGAGUUUGGGUUUCCAGAAUACCCCAUUUUUCAAAAUAAAAAUAUAACAAAUAACAAGGGAAGACUGGGUUCAAUCAGUUCUGUUAAUUUUACUAAAUGCAAAAGGAUAGGGAAGAAAUAAGGUUUCUUGUCAGUUGUUGGGGACCAGGAAGGUCCUAUGCCUACAUUGUUAAAUUAAAGGAACAUUUACUGUAGUUUCUUGGCUAUAUUUUAAAUUUAUCAGAGGAUUUCAAAAAUAAUUUUUAUUGUAUAUAUGAAUUUUUGAAAGUGAAGAAUAUUUACAACCAUGUUUUAUUAUUACAAUAAACAUAAAUUGUUUAAAUAACAAGAUAUAAUAAAAAUGCUAUGAUGUAAGUAGUAUUUUGACUUGGUAAAGAGUGCCUAAAAGUUUGAAUUCAGUAGCUCUUAUAGAUUAGGAAAUAAUGUUUCUUGAAUUCCAAAAUGCAAACUUACGGGAAUAAGGCUUCAAAGUUUGGCAUCUAUUUCCAGUACAUUUUAAGUCCAUAUGAUGCAUUUUCCAGAAUCAUUCGACAUCUACUCUUUUAGUUUCCUUUUAUCUGAUGUCACAGUGUGUCUGACUUAUUUCUCCGUUUCAUACUUCUAGUUUCCGUCCCUAGUUGCCUUGUUUCUCUCAUUGUAAAGUAGAAAACUGAGAUAAUUUCACAUAGGCAUCCAUGCAUAGCAAGGUUAACGCCCAGCAUAUUAUUUAAUUUUAAAGCAUUACUUCAAAACAUCGUAAUGUAAUAACAAAUACAUUAUUGAAAAAGGGAAAUAUUGAUGAUUUAUAAUUCACUAAAAAAUGAAAAUCUUAUUUUUUUAAUUUUUCGCCUUCCGGGUUCCCUUAACCAAGUAUAUCAUACACAACAGUGAAUAUCUUUCACAGCCUCAGAUCGUGUACCUUCCCGACGGAUGUGUACACUACCAACCAGAAACAUGUAUAAAUCUUGUUCCUCACUUACUUUUCAAUUUGCUCAUUAAGAAUUUUCUACGAACUGAAAUGGUUUUCAAUUCCUCUGCAAAACUCCUAGUUUAUAUUUCUAAAGAAGCUUGUCGAACAUUGAUCUUUUCGGUUUUUUAUAUAAAAUCACUAUCUUUGAAAGAAUGUUCUGAUUUCUGAGUUAAUUUAAAUUAUACAUAUGAAACACAUUUUACCAAGUUUGAAGAAAUCUCAGUAGGCCUUCAUGAACUAUUCUUAAAUUUGGUAAAAUUAUCUCCAAGCUUACUUAAGGUUAUGAUAAUUAGUGUGGAUAUACUAUAUGCAUUUAAUGUCGAAGUACCUCCGUCAAAGAUGGAAAGCUAGUAUUCCAAUUUUCAGUCACCACUGAUUCAUUCAAAGACGUCACUUGAUGCACGCUACCACAAGGCUAAUGAAAAUACACUUUCUGCGGAUGUUAUUUGCAUAUGUGACUGUGAAUAAAGUGAUUUGAAAUACGCAGUAGGUAAAGAAAUUUAUGUACAAUAAAUAAUCGUUUUGGAACCUAAUAAAAACAAAUUCCCAAAUAAAUACAUUUUAGACAAAUAUAAGUGAAAGAGUGAAAUUGUUUAUUUUGGGAUUAAAAUAAAUUGACGUCUUAAAACCCUUUACAUGUACUUUCGAGUGGCGAGGAGUUCUUUCUCUGUGACUUAUUGAUGUUUUAUUUGCGUUCAAGAAAAUGCGGAAAUGAAAUGUCAAAGUGUUAUUCUCUGACAAAUUGUGUUUAGAUUUAUUUUGCAGUGAGAUCAAAAUAUAAAAGUGUUGCUGAUCAGACUUGUAUUGUAUUGUUCAAGAAUAUAAUUUUCGUUUCUGCUUAACUCAGAAUAUGAUAUUAAUAACCGUUUUGAGUGAUUCGCAAAACACCCAAAUAUUCAUGUUAUUAACUAAAGAACAUUCCCAUUUUUCAUAUCAUGUUUUUAAUUAUUAUUAAUUAUUUAUCCUUAUUCUAAAAGUUACUGUACAGAUAACACAUCUUAAACCACCACCACAUGAUAUUGGUUUUAAACUUUGAACUGAUAAUAGUUUAUAAUAAAGAUGACUUCUAAGAAGUGUUUUAAAACAGUGAGCGCGCAUCAUUCGCUGGCGAUAUCACAAACUAGUGGGUAGCGCAAAUGCCCACUACGUAAGCAAGGUAUAGGUUCCGCAAAUAAAAUUAAAAAACCCGAAAGAAACGUUGUUAACACUAUCAUAUUCAUUACAUUUCCUGAUUACCUGGAAUCUGUCAAACAAGUUUCUUAAGUCAAACUAGAAAUAAAUUUCGUGUGUCACUUAACGUACAAGUUAAAAGAUUGUUGAAAUAUCCGCAAUGUAACAUGACAUUUGGUGUGAAAAACUUUCCCGUGUACUGAUAAUGCCAAAUUUCGUGUACGAUGGAUUACAUUUAGAAAUUGUCGUGUGUCAAUGUCCUAUUAUUGUGUACUACAUGACAGACAACAUAACCGCACGUGUCUACAUUGUAAAAAUGUUUGAUGUACCAUUUGUAAAUAUAUGUAAUAAAAAUAAAAUAUUACGCAC